UGAGCGUUGACGAAGGUAUCCAAGGAGCGCGCGUCGUCGUGCAGCUGUCGGUGGGUGCCCUCUUGCGCUUCAGUUACAAUUUACGUAACUCGUCAGUGGUGAUAAUAAUAGUAAUAAACAGAAGUAGAGAAAGGAGUGUGAGUGGGUGCACUGCUAAUUGAAUAGAACAAUAAUAACAAAAGCAGCAUCAACGAUGAACAACAUGGGGCCGUACGGGACCGCCAAGAACGCUCCAUGGACGCGGGGCGGCGGCGGUGGAGGUGGCGGAGGCGGCGCCCCGAACCUCGUCGGACAGACGAACGCUCUGCAGCAGCAGAUCAUCAGCCAGGGCGGCCUCAGCUCGAUGAACACAAGUGGCAUAGUGCCUUUCCAGCAACAGCAAGUCUUCCAAAAUGUUGGCAUGCAGCAGCAGAACCUGGGCUUGGGGUUACAGCAGAUGGCCAACCCUGCUGUAGGACUGGGUACGCAGCUCACCUCAAACCAGCUUUUCCAGCAGGUGGGCGCUGUGACCUAUCCGAGUCCAAGGAACCUGAAUGCAUCUGCUUUCCAGAGCCAGCAAUCUGUGAACUCAGUGCCUCAGUCAGCAAACAACACCAGUACAAAGCAAAGGUUCUUUACAGGUACAGUGACAACUGUCCACGACAAUUUCGGUUUUGUCGAUGAGGAUGUGUUCUUCCAGACAACAGCUUGUGGCAAAGGCCAGAGAACACCAAUGGUUGGAGACAGGGUCUUAGUGGAAGCAUCAUACAACUCUACAAUGCCCUUUAAAUGGAAUGCCACCAGAAUUCAAGUUCUGCCCAUGGGAAAUCCUCCUGCCCCAUCAAGGAAUAAUUCUAAUAAGAGUUUCAACACAAAUCAAAGCAGCAACAAUUCGUAUAACGCUGUGCCUCCCCCGAACGAGGGGAGCAACGGUAACUUUAAUCGAAGUCGUCCGAAAGCUGCUGCCGGCGGUAGAGGCAGAGAGCGUUCCAGAGAUAGAGAACGUGAUGAUGAGGAAAUCGAUAGGAAGAAACGCAGGGAGGAACGAUUGCGAGAGCGCGAAAAGGAUGACAAAAAGUCACCUUUGAGGAGAAGAUCAAGGAGCCCAAAGAAUAGGAGACGCUCCAGAAUUGUACCGAGAUACAUGGUGCAGAUCCCUAAGAUAGCGUUAGAUCUUGUAUCAGCUGAUGUUUUGGAAACUCGACACCGGUAUUCCAAUUUGUACAUACCAUCGGACUUCUUUUGUAGUCAAUUUCGUUGGAUGGAUGCUUUCCCAGCAGACAAACCCUUCACUUUAAACAAACCAUGCUCCUUUCAUAUUAUGCAUAAGGAUGUAGAUCCUGUCUUGGAAAAUGAAUCAGUCUUGGAGCCUCCAGAUGCUGACUAUUUGUUCUCAGCUAAAGUAAUGCUUAUGAGCGUUCCGGGCAUGGAUGAGAUGUACCAGAAAUGCUGUGCAAUGGCUGAAGACAAGGAUCGGAGGGACAGAGAUAGCGAGGAAAGGGAUUACAUCCAUCCAACGAGAUUAAUUAAUUUUUUGGUUGGUUUGCGGGGCAAGAAUGAAACGAUGGCUAUUGGUGGACCGUGGAGCGCAUCUUUGGAUGGCGAGAAUCCAGACAAGGAUCCAAGCGUGCUCAUCAAGACUGCUAUCAGGACCUGUAAAGCUCUGACCGGCAUCGACCUGUCCAACUGUACGAAAUGGUACCGCUUCGUGGAGCUUUACUACCGGCGAGGCGACAGCAGCCACAAGGGCAGACCCAUGGCUGCCCGCGUGGAAACGGUGGUCCUCUUUCUUCCGGAUGUUUGGAGCUGUUUAGCCACCAGAUUGGAGUGGGAUUCCUUGCAACUUAACUACAGCAAGCAGCUCGAGCGAAAGCUGACGAGAGCCGCCGACCAGGAGCCACCAGAUGAGGCGCACCUAAGCGACGAAAAGGAAGAGGAGGUAUCCAACGAGAACAAGUUGGAGCCAACCCAUUACUCGCAGCUUGAUCCAAAGUCAAUGGGCAUCAUGGAGAUGCGUAAAGAGCUGAAAGCAAGGUCCAUCAACUGUGUAGGACUGAUUAAAUCUCAAUUGGUUGCAAAGCUCAACAAAGCAAUUAAAUCUGAAUCAGCUAAAUCAGAUGAUGGCAAGGAGGUCAACGAAGACGAAGCUUGCGAGGAAAAGAAAAAUGAGGAAGAAGAAAAGAAAAUUGAUGCAAAGGAGAAGCAGCAACUUGAGAAGAGAUACAAUUUACCGGAGCAGCAGCACAUCAUCGUGCAUCCUUCGCGCACAGCGAAAUCUGGCAAAUUCGAUUGUACCGUAAUGUCGUUAUCGUUGCUCUUGGAUUACCGUCCGGAAGAUACUAAAGAGCAUUCGUUCGAGGUCUCGCUAUUUGCUGAGUUGUUUAACGAAAUGCUGAUGAGAGAUUUCGGUUUUAACAUAUACAGGGCUCUGUACGAAUUACCGGAUAAACCACGCGACAAGGAGGAUAAGAAAGCGAACAAAAAGGACGACGAUAAGAAAAGGGACGAUGAUGAUAAAGGUAAAGAUGACAAGAAGAACGAAGACCGAAAGAGCGUGGAUAAGAAAAAGAAAGAGGAAAAUGAAAGCGAGGAAGAUGAGUUGGAUGAUGAUGAAGAUAAGGACAAGAAGAAGGAGAAGAAAAAGAAGGAACGCGUGAAGAUGUUCACCAAAGACAAGCAUCUCCUUUUAUCGUUCAUAUACUUUGACCAGACCCAUUGCGGUUAUAUUUUUGAAAAGGAUAUCGAGGAUUUGCUGUAUACGUUGGGUUUGAAUCUUUCAAGAGCGCAGGUCAGGAAGCUGGUGGGUAAAGUGAUUACUAGGGAUUCGCUGCAUUACAGGAAGCUCACAGACAAACCCAAGGAUGAGGGUUUUAUUGUUAUCGAUGACACGGACAGAGAAUCCAACAUCGAAGAAUUGGCAGUGGGGAAUAAAAUGCUUUUGCCAAUAUUCAACGAUGGUCCACGAAAUAAAAAGCUUAAAUUGGAUAGUUCAGAAGCCUGCACUUUGGAUGAAGGUUUGGUGAUGUUCAGAGGAGCUUUGGUGGACGUGGAAAAGCUGAUGGCGCAGUUGGAGAGAAGCGACAAAGCGCGAAUUGAUACAGAGACUCGCAUGAUAGACCUGAAAUCAGAAAACAUCAAAUUGCUGGAUAAGAACAACAAGUGCAAUGCUAACAUCAAAAACUUGAACACCGACUUGAAGGAUUACAAGGAAAAACUGAAGAUUGCUGAAGACUCUCUACAUCGGACAAAUGCUUGUGCCAAAUUAUUCCAGACGACUCUCGUCGAGAUCCUGGACAAAAUCGAUCCGGUGUUGAACAGCACCGUCAAUAAUACCAAAGAGGAAAACGUAAAGAAGGAUGAGCCGAAGAGUCGGUGGGAGAAGGACAGUAAAGAAGUGAAAAUUGAGUCGAUCGAAAUCGACUCCGGGGAAGAUAAAGUUGAAUCAAAUUCAUCAUAGUGUUUGAUUCUUGUGUGCAUUUUUUUGUUCUUUAAGUUUUAGUACAAUUACUCUCUAUAUUUUUUU